GUUCUGCCAACCUUAAUGGAAGCUCCUCUAAUAACCAACCUGUCCUCUAAUAACGUGGCUAUCCGGUGGACCAAUCAUUAUCAAGGAGACGGGCCAAUCUGUGGUUACGGAAUCAACAUCAAGAAAAACGACGACAAAGAUCGUGGUGAUGUUGAGAGCAGUGAUCCCUGGCGCAGCGUCGGGUACGUGUCGGUGGAGAGUGGGCUACUGUAUGAUGUUGGUCAUCUAGAGGCGAAUACCACGUACCAAGUCGUGGUUUCUCCAAUCAAUUGCAUAUCUACUCGAGAAAGUCCACGGGAACCAAUAUUGCAGUGCACCACCAAAACUGUGGCUCUUCCUGUAGUCGCCGUGCCACGUCUCUUGACACUACCUCAAGUAAAGGACGUCACUACAGCAACGAUUAAGAUAGAAUGGAAAGGGGAUUACGACGGCGACGGGCCCAUAUGCGGUUUCGUCGUCGAGAUUAGACCUCCGGCUUCAACGUCGUGGACGAGUGUCGGAUUCGUAUCCUUCGAUGAGGACGAGGACGUUUUCGAUUACACGAUUGAGAGACUCAAUUCUAACACCCUCUACGGGAUAAGUGUUAUAAUUCUGCAUUGCUCCGGCAGAGAAGGAGAAAGGGGUUUUGAGUUUUACCAGUCAACAAAGGGCCGUGAACCACAGACAAAGCCACCAUCUAUAUCGACAUCAACAGCGCCACCAUGCCCGGCGCAGAAGUGGAGAGAAUGUCCUCAGAACCCGCCCAAAGAUGAAUAUCCCUGGAAAAUGAUGUUCUUCAUUGCUCUAAUCAUCAUUUUCUUGAUAUUAGUUGUCAUAAUCGGCAUCUGUUGUACCUAGUUUCUGGGGGAAGGGUCCGGAACCAGUUUAACAUUAGACGACUUCUACUCCUAAGCUACCAGCAGUGGGAACAAACUGGAUAUGACAUCGUCACAAUAGAUCACCACUAACAGGAUACCAAAGUUUGACGUCAUACUGACUAUUACAGUUGUCAGGUUUGCUGGAAACAUACUAAUUUUUUUUUUGUUAUAACUGAAUUCGCCCUGAUCCCUAUCGCCCCAUAAUAGCCGAUGAUAUCGAUGAUUGUUUUACCUGACUGAAAGGAAAGUAUGUAGAUUCGUAUAAGUGAAUAACCCAGUGACUGACGGAUUUGAGUCCUCUCCGAAGAACUUGGUAAUAAGGAUAAAUAUCUUACUAAGGGGCACGAGGGUAUUGACUUGUCUUCGAACCCAGGACCUUCCGGUCACGAGACCACUGCUCUACCUCUGACCCAUCUCGCCUCAUCAAUGAUCGAUGUCGCUGUGAACCUCAUGCGCAAGCUAUGUUAUUAGAACCAGGAACCUGGACGACGAGCGAAUAUGACGUAAGCACUUUGGUAGUCUACCGUGUGAG